AUGAUGGUUAACGUUUCAUCUCAUGGUGGUCUGAAAGACGAUGAAUGCAGAACUAAAUUCCGCCAACGUGUGUCUAUUCAUGUUGGAGUACGGGCCAGGAAGAAGCUUAGCGAUGCGGAUUCCUUCGCACAGUGCAUCCAGGACGCUGCAAGGGAAACGCUCCCGGUUCUAUUGCCGCGGAAGAAGUUUGCCUUUGCAUCUGCGGAAACAAAAUCCACAUACAAUUCUGAAUGUGUCGCGCGCAGCGCUGGUGACUUCAACCAGAAAAAGCGUUUUAGAAGGAAGCUGCGUCGUCAACUGCAACAAGACCGCGAUAACGAGUGGACGUCAAGAGCGAUGGAGUUUGAGGAGGCGUGGGAGGACAGGAACCCGCGGAAAGCCUAUGCUCUACUAAAACAGUAUAGCGGCAAAAUGAAAAGAUGUUCCCUUGUUCUCAACAUUGCCAAUGAGGUAGCUGUCGGUGAAGCAACCCUUCCAAUUUGGAAGGAACACUUCAAGACCUUGCUGAACCGGCUAGCACCGUCAGCUCCUGAACUCGAACAUGUUCAUAGACCGACAUAUGUGGUUAACGAGAAGCCAUUGACCGAGUCGGAGGUCCUGGUCUGUAUUCAAAAAACGAAGAAUGGAAAAUCUGGUGGAGACGACGGGAUUAGCGCAGAAGUGCUAAAAUAUCUUCCUCCGUCUGGGAUCCGUGAGAUGACAAAUCCGUUCAAUAUAAAUGAAAAGAUAAACGAAAGGAUACCUGAAGCGUGGAGACACGCUAUUAUAAUCCCCCUCCACAAGAAGUUAUCCGUCACGGACCCCAGGGAUUAUCUAGGAAUCUCUUUGCUUCGUGUUAUGUACAAGGUGUUCAUCGUCAGGAAAGUGAUCGAAAUCUGGCUGCGGUAUUCGAAGCCAAUGCAACUAGCGUUUCUGGACUUUGAAGCCGCGUUCGACUCUCCUCACCGAGACCGUCUUCUCAACACGCCCCGCGCCGACGGAGUACCAGGAAAGUUCGUUCGCUUGCUUGAUGACAUGAAUCAACGAACAACUGCUGCAGUUCGAACACCAGCCGGAUGUACAACACCGUUCGAAGUGCACCAUCAGGGUGCCCCCUUGACUGACCUCGAGUACGCCGACGAUGUUGUUAUAUUCGCGGAAAGCAGUACGAAACUUCAGCAUGUUGUCAACCUUGUAUCGAAGCUGGCUGCAGCCUACGGACUACGCCUACGCCCUGAUAAAUGCAAGCAGAUGUGGAUCUCUUCGAGACCUCGAACGGGAAUCAGGGUGGACGGACAACCGAUAGAACUCGUCGAUGAGUUCUGUUACCUGGGCUGUAUGCUGAAGAACAACGGCAGCUACGAGAGAGAUGUUCAGCAAAGAUGCGCUAAGGCCACUUCUGUAUUUAACUCCUUAACGAAAUGUCUGUGGUCGACCCCCAUCACCAACGAAGUCAAGCUGCGAGUCUACCUAUCCGCAAUUCGCCCCAUCAUGAUGUACGGAUCAAAGACUUGGGCAGCAGCAUCAACGAUUAUGGAGAGGCUUGACUGCACGGAACGAAAGCAGCUUAGACGGCUACUUAGCUACUUUUGA